AAGCGGCAGGACGCGCGGCGGCGGGUGGCAGGAGCGCUGGGGAACGGGCCAGCCGAUUAGCCUUCUCGGCCACCGCGCCACAAGAGCUCGAGCAACUCGGACGCGGGGACCCGGGCCGGGCCCCAAGAUGCCAGCGAUCGCGGUGCUCGCGGCGGCUGCCGCGGCGUGGUGCUUCCUCCAGGUCGAGAGCCGGCACCUGGACGCGCUCGCCGGAGGCGCGGGCCCCAACAACGGCAAUUUCCUGGACAAUGACCAGUGGCUGAGCACAGUCUCUCAGUACGAGCGGGACAAGUACUGGAACCGCUUUCGAGACGAUGAUUAUUUCAGAAACUGGAAUCCCAACAAGCCUUUUGACCAAGCCCUGGACCCAUCCAAAGAUCCCUGCCUGAAGGUGAAAUGCAGCCCUCACAAGGUGUGUGUGACCCAGGACUACCAGACUGCCCUGUGUGUCAGCCGCAAGCACCUGCUCCCCAGGCAAAAGAAGGGGACAGUGGUCCACAAGCACUGGGUCGGACCUUCGAAUCUGGUCAAGUGCAAGCCCUGCCCCGCGGCACAGUCAACCAUGGUCUGUGGCUCCGAUGGCCACACCUAUACAUCCAAGUGCAAGUUGGAGUUCCAUGCUUGCUCUACUGGCAGAAGUCUCACCACCCUCUGUGAUGGGCCAUGUCCAUGUCUCCCAGAGCCCGAGCCGCCAAAACACAAGGCAGAAAAGAACGCCUGCACGGACAAGGAGUUGAGAAACCUUGCUUCCCGACUCAAGGACUGGUUUGGAGCCCUUCAUGAGGAUGCAAACAGGGUCAUCAAGCCCACCAGCUCUGAAACAGCCCAAGGCAGGUUUGACACCAGUAUCCUGCCCAUCUGCAAGGACUCCCUGGGCUGGAUGUUCAACAAGUUGGAUAUGAACUAUGACCUCCUGCUUGACCACUCAGAGAUCAACGCCAUCUACCUGGAUAAGUACGAGCCCUGUAUCAAGCCUCUCUUCAAUUCCUGUGACUCCUUCAAGGAUGGCAAGCUCUCUAACAAUGAGUGGUGCUACUGCUUCCAGAAGCCUGGAGGUCUCCCUUGCCAGAAUGAAAUGAACAGGAUCCAGAAGUUGAGCAAGGGGAAAAGCCUGUUGGGAGCAUUCAUCCCUCGGUGUAAUGAGGAGGGCUAUUACAAAGCCACACAGUGCCAUGGCAGCACGGGGCAGUGCUGGUGUGUGGAUAAAUAUGGCAAUGAGCUAGCUGGCUCCAGGAAACAGGGUGCUGUGAACUGUGAGGAGGAGCAGGAGACCUCGGGGGAUUUUGGCAGCGGUGGCUCUGUGGUUCUGCUGGAUGACCUGGAGGAUGAGCAGGAGCUGGGACCCAAGGACAGACUGGGGAAGCCGCGGGUGCAUGCCCGGGCAGUGACGGAGGAUGACGAGGAUGAGGACGACGACAAAGAGGAUGAGGUCGGGUACAUAUGGUAGUUCCCACACGGAGGAGGACACGAGGUCUGCACAGAAUUGCAAGUCACUUCCCGUUCCUGCAUUUGUCUCUAAAACUCCACAGCACACAGCCUCUUCUUCAUCAUCGCCCUCUCCACCCAAGCUAGGGUUUUGGAAGACAACUCCUUGUUCCCGGAUCAUGCUGAUUUUGCAUACGGCGUGUGGGAAGAAGGGUGUUGUGCUUUGUUUUUUAGACAGGGGAAUGGCUGGCCGAAUGAGAGCCUCCUCCCCUUCUGUGAGUUUUUUACAACAAGCAUGUGAUGUAUGUGGGAUUCUGACAGUGCAGGGAGCCCCCACCCUCUAAAUGUCAAAGACCCUUUCCAGUCACCCACAUGGGUGGUUAUUACAGCAUGGUUCCCGGCCUUACCGUGUCUAAGUGCUUUUCUUGUGUCCUGUAGAUGUUGUGGAAAACACACCACACUGUACCUUUCCCCCCCUGCCCAACCUACCCCCCGCCACCCCUGCUGUCUAUUAUUACAAAUCAGUUUUUCACUUCACUUGAUCUGGCUUCCUACAAAUAACAGCCUUAAUUCAGUCAAGAGUCCCUUUGGGGAAUUGAUUUUCUUUAUUAAAAAAGGUAUCUGAAU